AUGCAUAGAAAGACAGCACAACAGGGAGAAAACAGACUCAGAGGCCCAGUUAUAGUGGUGAGUUGUAUCUCCAGACUCCAGUGGUGUUUUAACAUGUUGUAUUUGUUUCAAAUAUUAGCUUGUUAAAAAGAGCUGCUUAAAAAAGGAGGAAGACCAUGUUCCUUCAGUCACUGGUACAGUAAAGGUUGGGAAACUCUGUACUAUAGUGUACUGCUUAUGUUAUACGCAGCAGGUUAGGAGAGUUAGGUUAAGGUUAGGAAAAGGGUUAGGGUUAGCAAAAAUGCUCUCCUAACCUGCUACAAUAAUCACUUCCGGUAAUAGUUGUGGCAUAGAUGGCAGCAUUCUCUAAUAACUACUUGCCAAUUUCUGUUUCAUACUUCUCAAAGUUGAUAACUAGCUUAUUACAGUUUUUUUUCAGUGAUUCAAUUCAGAAAGAUAUCAUAAUUUGCUAAUUGAAAGGAUUAUAUUUACAUGUACUAAAAUACAUUAAGUCUACAGGUCAGUUUAUCUCGAUACUUCAAAACUCCUAAGAACUUCAUCAAUCCAGUGUGUGGGUCUUCCAGUGAGUUGGAGAGGUUUGAGGAACCAUGGAACAGUUUGAAAGCUUGAUAUGGACUGUAAGUGAAACAUUUCUGAUUUGCACAUUUUGUGGCUUGGCAUCUUUUUACUAGCCUUAUAUGCCGCGAAACCGAAUGUAAACUUGCGAGAUCAGGAUGGUUUGUAUGAGGCUCUCUUUUCACGCAACAGAAAUUCCUGGCACCAAACAGUAUGCUCAAUUCACAGUAUGCUCAAUUCACAGCAUGCUCAAUUCACAGCAUGCUCAAUUCACAGUAUGCUCAAUUCACAGUAUGCUCAAUUCACAGUAUGCUCAAUUCACAGUAUGCUCAAUUCACAGUAUGCUCAAUUCACAGUAUGCUCAAUUCACUGUAUGCUCAAUUCACUGUAUGCUCAAUUCACAGUAUGCUCAAUUCACAGUAUGCUCAAUUCACAGUAUGCUCAAUUCACAGUAUGCUCAAUUCACAGUAUGCUCAAUUCACAGCAUGCUCAAUUCACAGUAUGCUCAAUUCCCAUCAUGCUCAAUUCACAGUAUGCUCAAUUCACAGUAUGCUCAAUUCACAGUAUGCUCAAUUCACAGUACGCCACCACAUUUACAAAAGCCAGUUUAAAAUGGUCCUACAUAAUUACAUUAUAUUUGAAUUGUGGAUAUUUGUUAGAAUUUUCCUAACUAGUUCUGUAUGUUUUAUGAAUACACAUCAGUUUCAAUUUGAGUGAUUAGUGUAUAUUUUCUCUACUUCCAGAUACCUAUUAUAUUGGUGCUUGUAAGCAUCGGAUCCUGUAUUGCAUGUGGUAGAGCCGAGUACAGAAUAGGGGAUGAAUGUUGUCCCAUGUGUUCACAAGGUAAGGACCGUCUCUUUACAUCAUAUGAAUCACCAGACAUUAAUACAUCAUCAACACCAACAGAAAAACAUGACAUUGUGAUUCUCUCUUCUGCAGGAAAUCGUGUAUAUAAGCAUUGUACUGAAUUCACCAGCACCAGCUGUGUGCCCUGUGUUGAUUCUACAUUCCUUGAUGAGCCCAAUGGUCUCAUAAAAUGCAAAGUGUGUACCAACUGUGAUCCAGGUAAGAGUGGUCCUGUGUGUCUGCACUGAAACCCUGACACAAACACUGACAUGUUAGUCUAUGCUGUUGUGCUAUGAGGAUAUGUCAGUUGUAUGAAUGAAAUGUGUCUCAUAUUUUGCAUCAGAUAUAACACACAAUGUUUUCUCAAUAGGUUUGGGUUUGAAGGUAAAGCAGCGAUGUAGACCUUCAUCAGACACUGUCUGUGGGACACUGGAGGGGUUCUACUGUCUAGACCCAACUAAGGAUGGUUGUAGAGCAGCCCAGAGACACAGCAGCUGUAAACCUGGUCAAUACAUCAGCCACACAGGUUGGUCUUGUGUCUCACUCGUUAUACUAAUUGUGUUGUCAUAAUUCAAUUGAGUCAAGUUGUUAACUUCAGUGUGAAUAAUCAUUACAGUUAAUGGAAUUAAAUAAAAAUGAAUUUUUAAUUUAUAUUUCAACAUGUAUUUGUGUAUUUGUGCAGGAACAACAUCUACAGAUACUGUGUGUGCUGACUGCCCUAGUAAAACUUAUUCAGAUGGAUCAUUAACAUCUUGUCAACCACACACAGAGUAAGCGUGGACAUUAUUAGUUAGUUUAAAUGGUUAUUCCCCUGAAGAUAUAUAAAUACAAUCAUUAUUAUCCUCAAAUAGAAUCUUUAAAAAACUAUAUUUAUGUUUUUGACAUAGAUGUGAAUUCUUGGAAAUUGAACCAGGAACUCCUUGGUCGGAUUCAGAAUGCGGAGUAACCUCACUUCCCACAGCUGGAAUAAUAGCUGGUGUUCUGAUAUGUUUCCUGAUAGCCACCAUAGCUGGUGUUUGUUUAUUUAUAGUGAGAACAAGAGAGAUGGUGAGAACAAGACAAAACUUAGGUAAGAUGACUUUUGGAAUUUUAUCUGUGCCAUUCAUUGUUUUCAUUGCCUGUGAUACUCAGCAUACUCUUUGAAUGCUAUAUUUUCUAUUUCUCAUAUAGUGUAGAUUAUUACUGUUUGUUAACGUCAUGGUUACACGGUAUGUUUAUUACAAUACUGGACAUCUGACUUUUUUAUAGACCCUCAAAUACUGACACAGGUAUGUUUGGAAAUCUAUGAAUAUCUUUCAUCACAUUGUAUUACUAAGUGAUCUCUUCUGGCUGUGAAAUUUGAAUUUAAUGGGCCAGUUUCCCAGGCAUAGGUUACGCCUAGCAUUGGACUAAAAAGCACUUAAAAUAGAGAAUCUCCAAUGUACGUGCUUCUUAGUACAGGGCUUAAUCUCUGUCCGGGAAACCGGCCCAAUGUGGUUUACUAAUUACGGAUUCUAUCUGAUAGACAUCCCCAGAUCAGGAUAUACCAAUGCUGUCUGAGGGAACUGGAAAAGGUAAGGCACACCUUCAAGGUUUUCUAAAUAUGUGUACAGAAUAGUUUUUAUGAGUUAAAAGAAUUUCAAACAUAUUUAUAAGUAAAUGUACAGUGCCUUGCAAAAGUAUUCAUCCCCCUUGGCUUUUUUCCUAUUUUGUUGCAUUACAACCUGUAAUUUAAAUGGAUUUUUAUUUGGAUUUCAUGUAAUGGACAUACACAAAAUAGUCCAAAUUGGUGAAGUGAAAUUUUAUAAAAAUGAAGCCCCUAAAUAUGCUAUGAAGCCCCUAAAUAAGAUCUGGUGCAACCAAUUACCUUCAGGAAUCACAUAAUGAGUUAAAUAAAGUCCACCUGUGUGCAAUCUAAGUGUCACAUGAUCUGUCACAUGAUCUCAGUAUAUAUACACCUGUUCUGAAAGGCCCCAGUGUCUGCGACACCACUAAGCAAGGGGCACCACCAUGCAAGCGGCACCACGAAGACCAAGGAGCUCUCCAAACAGGUCAGGGACAAAGUUGUGGAGAAGUACAGAUCAGGGUUGGGUUAUAAAAAAUAUCCGAAACUUUGAACAUCCCACGGAGCACCAUUAAAUCCAUUAUAAAAAAAUGGAAAGAAUAUGGCACCACAACAAACCUGCCAAGAGAGGGCCGCCCACCAAAACUCACGGACCAGGCAAGGAGGGCAUUAAUCAGAGAGGCAACAAAGAGACCAAAGAUAACCCUGAAGGAGCUGCAAAGCUCCACAGCGGAGAUUGGGGUAUCUGUCCAUAGGACCACUUUAAGCCAUACACUCCACAGAGCUGGGCUUUACGGAAGAGUGGCCAGAAAAAAAGCCAUUACUUAAAGAACAAAAUAAGCAAACACGUUUGGUGUUCGCCAAAAGGCAUGUGGGAGACUCCCCAAACAUAUGGAAGAAGGUACUCUGGUCAGAUGAGACUAAAAUUGAGCUUUUUGGCCAUCAAGGAAAACGCUAUGUCGUGGCGGCAUCAUGCUGUGGGGAUGUUUUUCAUCGGCAGGGACUGGGAAACUGGUCAGAAUUGAAGGAAUGAUGGAUGGCGCUAAAUACAGGGAAAUUCUUGAGGGAAACCUGUUUCAGUCUUCCAGAGAUUUGAGACUGGGACGGAGGUUCACCUUCCAGCAGGACAAUGACCCUAAGCAUACUGCUAAAGCAACACUUGAGUGGUUUAAGGGGAAACAUUUAAAUGUCUUGGAAUGGCCUAUUCAAAGCCCAGACCUCAAUCCAAUUGAGAAUCUGUGGUAUGACUUAAAGAUUGCUGUACACCAGCGGAACCCAUCCAACUUGAAGGAGCUGGAGCAGUUUUGCCUUGAAGAAUGGGCAAAAAUCCCAGUGGCUAGAUGUGCCAAGCUUAUAGAGACAUACCCCAAGAGACUUGCAGCUGUAAUUGCUGCAAAAGGUGGCGCUACAAAGUAUUGACUUUGGGGGGGUGAACAGUUAUGCACGCUCAUGUUUUCUGUUUUUUUUUCUAAUUUCUUGUUUGUUUCAAAAUAAAAAAUAUGUUGCAUCUUCAAAGUGGUAGGCAUGGUGUGUAAAUCAAAUGAUACAAACCCCCCAAAAAUCUAUUUUAAUUCCAGGUUGUAAGGCAACAAAAUAGGAAAAAUGCCAAGGGGGGUGAAUACUUUCGCAAGCCACUGUAUAUGAUAUAUUACUUCAUCAAGGCAUCAAUGCUAAGACAAAUUAUAUGAUCCAAGAAUAUAGGACUAUGGAUACAAGCAAAUGUACUACAAAUCAUUGUCCAGAAUGUAAAUGAAUUACUGAUAAAUUCCAAGUUACUUCUCUCCCCAGAUUCAAGCACCCAUCACAGUCAGGGACUCAACAUUCUGUAAUAUGUGGUCCGCUGGCUGGUCCAGCCAUCUAUAGUGGGUCGUAACACUACAUGUUAAAUGUGAUAUUGUAGAAUCUGGUUGAUAUAAAAACAGGAUUCUACAGCACAUUAUAUUGUAGUGUAAAGAAAUGAAACCUCCAGUAGGAAGAAUAUGACCUCUGGGUAGAGGAUCACAUUGACAAUGACUAUUAUGUGGCUUAGUGUAUGAAUCAUAUACAUUAGCUUCCACCCACACUGGAACACGUGUAUCAGCUUCUGCCUACAGCCUGUUCUAAAAUGAAAAGGACCAUGUGAUGAGUAUUAGGAACCAGCAUCGGUAGGUAAGAACCCUCUGCUCUGCCCAGGGGAAAGUCAAACGUGUGCAUAACUUCAGGACCACAACGUCUGUCAGACCAUACUAUGGAACUCCAAAUGGGACUUGAUAAUAUCUUGAGACAGAGAUUACUGGAUACUGGUGCAGGAUGCAGUGUUCGCUUGGGGAAGGCGCCCCCAGAAAUUAGAAACAGCGUCAAAAGGAUCGGAAUGUUAAUUCAAAUUGAUAACUUUAAACUACAAGAACAUCAACAUCACACUCAUAGAAGCAGACAAGGACAUCAACAUCACGCUCAUAGAAGCAGACAAAGACAUCAACAUCACGCUCAUAGAAGCAGACAAGGACAUCAACAUCACACUCAUAGAAGCAGACAAGGACAUCAACAUCACGCUCAUAGAAGCAGACAAGGACAUCAACAAGCAGAUACAACCUCACUAUGGACUGUAUGGAUCACAGAAGCAUUGA